CUAGUGCUCCAAGCUUUCUUCUCUACUUGACUAAGGAAAACUCACAAAGACAGUGGUUUGACCUUAAUGGCUGAAGUGAUCCUUCACGUAUAUGACGUUACAGAAAGUAAUUCCGGCAAUGAAACCAUAAAUUUCGCCCUCGUUCAACUCAACAAUCUCUGUAAAGAGGCCAUCCCAAUGGGCGGCGUCUUUCACACCGCCAUUCAGGUUUACGGCGACGAGGAAUGGGGCUAUGGGGGUGGCGAAAAAGGCUUUGGAGUUUACAGCUGUCCCGCCGGCAAAAACCUGAUGUACACAUACCGUGAACGUAUAGUUCUCGGAAGAACAAAUUGCUCCGCCGCCAAGGUGAGUCAGAUCCUAAAAGAACUUAGCCAGGAGUGGCCGGGAGAUAAGUUCCACUGGCUGUCGAAAAACUGUAACGAUUUCAGUAACGAGUUGUUGAAAAAGCUGGGAGUGCCGAAGCUUCCGGCAUGGGUAAAUAGGUUUGCUGACGUUGGAGAUUAUUACUAUGAAACGAAAGAAAAUCUGCAAAAAACUAAAGAUGGAAUGGUAGAUUAUGGGAAGGAGUUGUAUAAGAAUGCCAUCGAUACUGCUAUUAAGACUCCAAAAUCUCUUAUUAGUUUAAGCAAAGGUGCUCGACUUCGGACUGAGCAAUUCAAGCCAAAGUUCUUGGCUGGGAAAUCAAUUACCGGAUCAGAUCAAGAAGCCAGCCAGAAGUAAAUCUUCUCAGGUGCCGGAACUUGUCCCGAUCAAGACCAUGCAAAAUGAUGGCCUGGUCAAAUUGCGCUUCUUCUAGAUUCGAGUCCUAGCUCUGUGUGUCCGUGUCCGUGUCCUUGUUCGUGUUCGUGUGGUGUGUUUUUUUCCCGAGUCCAGCUAUCCAUUUCUCUUAUUAUGAGUGCAGUGUAAUUGUGUAAUGCAUAAUUACAUCAAUAUUACUUUGAUUGUAGCUUCA